AUGCUGCGUGCCGUUGUGUUGCUCGCAUUCGCCUUCCUGGCCGUCGCCGUCAGUGCAAAGGUUACGGAUGAGCCGGCGUACCAGCAGUGGCGGGGCCGGAUCGUCGGCGGCCAGUACGCCACGGAUGGAAACUUCCCUUACCAGGCGUCGUUCCGGACCGUGGGAGGAACGUAUCUGUGUGGCGGUGCCAUCCUGAACCGGCAGUGGAUCAUAACGGUGGCCUCGUGCUUGUUGGGCCGAACGACGGCGGACACGCGCGCCGUAGCGGGCGCCUACCGGCUCAGCCAGGGAGGCUUCACUCUGGCGCUGCAGCGCAUCAUCAUUCACCCGAACUUUGCCGAGGAAACGCUGGCCAACGAUGUGGCCGUGGCGCGCGUCUCCACGAUGAUGACCAUGAGUGAAGCCGUGCAGAGCGUGCAGCUUAACUCUUAUUACUUGAACACCGCUUAUGGCGCACUCGUUUCCGGCUGGGGUCGUAUAGAUUUCUCCAACCCAACGUUCCCGGACAACCUUCAGUAUCUCGCGGUGAACGUCAUCUCGCAGCUGGAGUGCCGGGCGCGGUUCGUCCCGCCGUACGAUCAGCGUAUCUACGACAGCACUCUGUGCUCCUCCAGUCCGACCGGACAGGGCACGUGUCUGGGCGAUGCGGGCAGCCCGCUCGUGUAUGGCGCCGAACUGAUCGGCCUCGUCUCCUGGGGCAUUCCGUGCGCCGAAGGAUACCCCGACGUGUACUCCCGAGUCUCGUCGCACCGUGGCUGGGUUCUGGCGCACACUCUAAUCUAA